AUGUGGCGUGCUACUGUUGGUUAUGAUGUAAAUAAUACAAAAAAUGGAGAUGAUGGGGAUGACGAUUGGGAAACUGAUCCAGAUUUUAUUAAUGAUGUUACUGAAGAAGAACAGAGAUGGGGAUCAAAAACUGUAGAAGGUUCAGGCCGAACUGCUGCUGCAAUAAACAUUCAAGAAUUGAGGAGUAAUGUUGUGAAAGAUGAUGCUGAAUUAAAGAAAAAGAGUUUGGAAAGUGGUCCUAAGUCAUCCUUUGGUUAUGGAGGAAAAUUUGGGGUUCAAGCUGACAGAAUGGAUAAGUCUGCUGUUGGACAUGAUUAUGUUGCUCAUAUUGAAAAACAUACUUCUCAAGUAGAUGCCGUAAAAGGAUUUGGGGGGAAAUUCGGUGUCCAAGCUGAUAGACAAGAUAAGUCUGCACUUGGAUGGGAUCAUCAUGAAAAAGUUGAUAAACACGCUUCUCAAAAAGAUUAUGCAUCAGGAUUUGGUGGGAAAUAUGGAGUUCAGAAAGAUAGAGUGGACAGAAAUGCUGUUGGUUGGGAUUACAUUGAGAAAACAGCGGAGCAUGAAUCACAAACAGAUUAUGCAUCAGGAUUUGGUGGGAAAUAUGGAGUUCAGAAAGACAGAGUGGACAGAAAUGCUGUUGGUUGGGAUUACCUCGAGAAAACAGAGAAGCAUGAAUCGCAAAAAGAUUAUGCCAAAGGCUUUGGUGGAAAAUUUGGAGUUGACAAAGGAAGGCAGGAUAAAUCAGCUGUUGGGUGGGAUUAUCAAGAAAAAACUGAAAAGCAUCCUUCACAAAAAGAUUAUGCAUUAGGAUUUGGUGGAAAAUUUGGUGUUCAAACUGAUCGCCAAGACAAGACAGCUGUUGGUUGGCAGUAUAUAGAAAGAGUGCCAAAGCACCAAUCUCAGAUUGAUUAUGCUAAAGGUUUUGGAGGUAAAUUUGGAGUUCAGGAUGAUAGAAAAGACAAAUCUGCUCUUGGUUGGGAGGAAGUUACUAAAGUUGAAGCUCAUCCUUCGCAAACUGAUAUGAAAAAAGGAUUUGGUGGUAAAUUUGGUGUUGAAGCUGACAGGCAAGAUAAAUCUGCACAUUCUUUCUCUGAAAUUGAAAGGCCACAACCAUCAUAUCAAAAAGUUCGUGCAGAAUCAGGGUCCAAUAAAGCUAGUAGUUUAAGAGCUCGCUUUGAAAACAUGGCUAAAGCAGAAGAAGAAGAAGCAAAGAAGCGAGCUGACGAAGAACGUGCCAAACGAAUUGCUAGAGAACAGAAGGAAAAAGAGGCUGCUGAAAAAGAUGAAAAGGAACGACAAAGAAGACUAAGCCUGAGGGAAGAAGCGAAGGUGGAGGAAGAAGAAGAGGAGGAACAUUUAUUUGGCCCUACAGUUCGAACGUCAUCUGUAGGUGUACCUACCCCUUUAUUGCAAGCUGCAACAACUACAAAAAGUGCUUCUCCAGAUCAAUCGUAUUACUCCUCGGCUCAGCCUCCUGUUCAUUAUGAAGAAGAUCAAAGAAGACGAAGCCGAGAAGUUGAGAAUGAAGUUGAAGAAAGCAGAGAGCUUUCAUCUGCUCGCACAUCAUCUGUUGGUGUCCCGACACCAUUGUUACAAGCUGCAAUUACUGCUAAAAAUUCAUCUCCAGAACAGUCAUAUAUAUCACCUGUAGUCUCUAAAUUAUUUGAAGAUGAGCCAAUAGAAGCAAAAUCAACUAAUAAAAGGAUUCAAGAGCCAACGUUUUUGGAGCAAAAUGAAGAUUUAGAAGCUGAAUUAUUUAAACCACCUCAAAGUUAUUCAGAACCGGCAUAUGAAACUUUAGAACAAGUUGAAGAAGAACUAUAUGAAGUGCCUGAAGGCUCUGGUUUAUCUGCUGUAGCUCUUUAUGAUUAUCAAGCUGCUGACAGUGAUGAAAUAUCGUUUGAUCCAGAUGAUAUAAUAAUCAAUAUUGAAAUGAUUGAUGAAGGUUGGUGGAGGGGAGAAUGCAGAGGUCAAAUAGGACUUUUCCCUUCCAAUUAUGUCCAACUUUUACAGUAAUAAUAAUUAGUCGAAUAAGGAUUUCUCAGUGAGUGUCAUAUAAGUGAUUUUUAACCUAUUUCAUUCAUUGAAAGACCAACUACUUUUUUAAUGUCCACAACUGUUGAAAGCCUUGGUUCAGUCUGAUAUUUUGUAAGUUUGCUUUUACAUUUGGUUAUUGUGAUUAAUAAAUAAAUGCAUGUUAAUGGAAAAAAAGUUGAAGUUGAUUCAAAAACCUAUUUCUUGACAUAUAAUUGGCACUAGUUGAAAAAGAUUGAAGCACUGACAGAAUUUACUUGCCCAGUCAUAAGUAUUUAACUUUUUGGAACGUAAUUACUGCUUUCCUUUUGCUGUCUAUAGUUUAGCUGUAAAAUUUAAAAUUCUUGUCUUAGCUAAAGAUUGUGCCAACAAUUUGAUUACUUUAAUCUAAUGCUAAUCUUGUGAUUUGUAAAGAAAAAAUUGAUAUGUGUACAUACUUUUUCCUUAUUUUUUGUUGACAUAUGAGACCAGUUUUUAAUAAUUAACUCAGUUUGAAAGAAUUCUCCAGUAUUACAGCUUUAAAAAAUAAAUAAAUUAAUUAAAGGUUUUUUUUAAACAUUAAUUUAAAAAUAUUUUUAAUUGAAAUCAAUCGCUUUUAAAUCAACUAAAAAUAUUUUUAUUAUUGCAAUAAAAAUUAUACCCAUUUUUUCUUCAUUUUUUUUUUCUAUAGGAUUCAAAGGCUUAAAUUUUCUUCCAUUUCUAUGUGCCAAAAUAUUUUCUUUCAAAAUUGAAUUACUUAUCAAAAACUGGUUCAUGUUAGCAGUGAGCUGCAAUGAAAUUUUUUAAUUAGUUUUUAGUACAUAUUUUGCUACUGAAUAACAAUAAAAAACCCCGAGGGUAAAAUUUUUUGGAAAUAACCUUUUUCCAUAUUCACUUCAUAGGAAUUAUAGUGUAACGCAUAUUACGAACAAAUGAUUUUAAUUGUGUGUGAAAUAAAAUCAGUAUUUUGACUUUUCAUACUUGUAAUGUGUAUUUAAAUAUGAAAUUCCUUUAAAUGUUCUUUUUUUUAUGUAAUUUUAAUUGUAUUUUAGCUUCUGUAAUACUUAUCAACAUUCCAUUUGUAGUACUUAAUACAUGUAAGCUUUUUGGAUUUCUUUAAUUGCUGCAAGAACUAAAUUCAAUGGCAUACUAAGUUCAUAUUAAAAAUGUAAUUUGAAACUUGUUCUGGUUGAACUCUGCGUUUGAAAUCAAAAACUUUUUGUUGGUGCAGAAUUUACAAUGAGCUUUAAGAAAAAAAUUAUAAUGUUAUUGUAAAAGUAAGACUUCUGCAUGAGGUGAAAGCAUAAAGAAAUUUAUUUUCAUAGUGUCAUACAUAAAUGCAUAUUUAUUGUUGAAACAAAGUUAUGUUUGAUAAAAUUUUAAUGAAUUGUAACUAAAAUUCAUAAAGUAUUAUUUGUACUUUAAUUUUAGAGUAAUCAAAGUUAUUUCAUGUAUAUUGUCAAAUAUUGUUAAUCUGAAAAGUUAAUGUUUCUUUUCAUGAGUAAUUUUUAUAUAAAUAAAAUCAAAUGAUUGUUUUACUUUGUUGUCUUUUCAUCAGUGACAUAAAAAAAAGCUUUUAAAUAUCUAAAUUAAUUUGCUUUCU